AGAUCUGUUUUGUUCCUGUCGUGGCGGGAAUACGCGCUACUGACGGUCAACAUGGAUGUUGAGAUGAAAGAGACAGACAGUGAACAAAGUCAAGUCGACGGACAGCCUAAAAAGGAUGAUACUGCACCGAAAACAUCAACGACUGCUUAUGAACUACCAUGGGUAGAGAAAUACAGACCCCUGAAGUUGAAUGAAAUAGUUGGAAAUGAGGAAACUGUCAGCAGACUGGAGGUGUUUGCAAGAGAAGGAAAUGUGCCCAACAUCAUCAUUGCUGGUCCUCCUGGUACUGGAAAAACUACCAGCAUUUUGUGUUUGGCUAGAGCUCUUCUUGGCCCGACCAUGAAAGAUGCUGUUCUUGAGCUGAAUGCCUCAAAUGACCGAGGUAUUGAUGUUGUAAGAAACAAGAUUAAAAUGUUUGCCCAGCAAAAGGUCACACUCCCUAAAGGUCGCCACAAGAUCAUAAUCUUGGAUGAGGCUGACAGCAUGACAGAUGGAGCUCAGCAGGCUCUCAGAAGAACCAUGGAGAUUUACUCUAAAACCACACGCUUUGCUCUGGCAUGUAAUGCAUCAGAUAAGAUCAUAGAGCCCAUCCAGUCCCGCUGCGCUGUUCUGCGUUACAGCAAACUCCGAGACGACCAGAUCAUGAUGCGUCUCACGGAGGUGGUAGAGAAGGAGAACUUGCAUGUCACCAACGACGGCCUUGAGGCCAUUAUCUUCACCGCUCAAGGGGACAUGAGACAGGCUCUGAAUAACUUGCAGUCAACAAAUUCUGGAUUUGGUUACAUCAACAGUGAAAAUGUGUUCAAGGUGUGUGACGAGCCUCAUCCUCUGCUGGUUAAAAGCAUGCUAGAACACUGCGUCAACGCCAACAUUGAUGAAGCCUACAAGGUUAUUGAGCAGCUUUGGUCACUAGGAUACUCACCGGAGGACAUAAUCGGAAACAUCUUUAGAGUGUGUAAGACCUUUCAGAUGGCAGAAUAUUUGAAGCUGGAAUAUAUUAAGGAAAUUGGCUACACGCAUAUGAAAGUGGCAGAAGGGGUGAACUCUCUGUUACAGAUGGCUGGUCUGUUGGGUCGACUGUGCAGUAAGACGGCUGCGCCUGAUGCAAGCUAAAGACAAGAGAUGUUACCAAAUAAUCACACUUCUCCUCAUUGUUCUUAAUCUCCAGAACUUUUAUAUUUUGAAUAAUUAUACAAAUAUGACAAGUUGCAGUAAUAAAAAUGUAAAAAAAAUCCUUUUGAU